CAAUAGCUGGCUGGCGACGGCGACAACCGGGCCCGCUCCUCUUUUCCAGGGAAGGGAAGGAUGGGGAGGGGAAGGCGGGCUCACAGGGAGCCCCAAAAGCCCAGAGAGGGAGCCCCGAAGGAAGCGGAGGAGAGGCGGAAUGGGAGCCCUCCUCGGGGCUGAAAGCGGCUCCUCGCCCAAGCUCCUGGCAGUCGUUGUCAUCCUGAGUGUUUGCUUCUUGUCGACUGAAGCCUUCUUGCAGCUGACAAAUAUCAAAAUGGAGCCAUCAGAGCCAAAGGAAGGAGGAAGUGUCCGCCUCACCCCAAACAACCUCCCUCCCGUCCCACUGAGCUGCCGCUGGUACCGAAGUGAAAUGUCCAAUAAUUGCACCAUCCUGAUUCGUUUCUUCUAUCCACGCCCUAUGACUAGGAAGGAGUCAAGCUUCACUGGGCAUGAGACCAUGAGGUCUGACUGCUCCCUUGAGAUCAAAAACUUAAAAGCCAACGACUCUGAAAACUAUAUAGUCCUGAUUCAUGGCCGUGACGGAAUUCGGAUUGGGAGCAUGAAGCUUGCAAUCCUGGUGAAUCUUCUUGACACGAGUACUGCUCAGAAUGAGCUAGGUUGGUUGCCAGAUCCUUCUGAAUCUGGGUGGAGUGAGACACAACACAUGAUAAACGGGACACCUGUGUACAUGUACCAGGAUUGCAGUGUCCUCUCCGAGGGAGACACAGACCACUGGCUUCGCACCAACUGGAUAAUCCGCGAUGUCGCCUCCUCUAACAUCUUUGUGGAGCUGAAAUUCACUAUUCGUGACUGCAAGAGUUUCAAAGGAGAGGUGGUGAGCUGCAAGGAGACAUUCAAUCUCUACUACAUGGAGUCAGAUAAUGACGUUGGAAUCCAGUUCCGUCGCCCGCUCUUCACUAAGAUCAACACUGUGGCCGGUGACCGUAGUUUCACAGCCCGGGACAUUGCAUCAGGUGACAUGCAGUUGAAUAUGGAAGUGUCCUCUAUAGAAAAGCUGCACCAACGUGGUUUCUAUCUAGCCUUUCAGAACUCGGGAGCUUGUGUGGCACUGGUUUCUGUGCGGGUUUAUUACAAGACAUGCUCAGAAUCUGUGCAUGGCCUGGCCCAUUUCCCAGAGACAUUGGCUAGUUCAGAGGGACUGGAAACAGUAUUUGGCACUUGUCUGAAGGAUGCAGCGGAGAAACCAGGCUUUCCACCCAAGAUGCACUGCAGUUCCAACGGGGAAUGGCUGUUACCAAUGGGGCAGUGUAUAUGCGUCAUUGGCUUUGAAGAGGUCGAAGGAGCAUGUGUAGGCUGCCAGCCAGGGUUCUAUCGUCACUCACUGGAAACCGAAAAGUGCCUCAAAUGCCCGCCCAACAGCUUUUCCAGUUCUCCAGCAGCCACAGCGUGUCCCUGCCACAAGGGCUUCUUCCGGACACCCACUGAGGAUCAAACUAUUGCCUGCACACGUCCUCCUUCGGCUCCGCACAAUGUCACCUCUUCCCUUGUGGGGAGCCAAGUCUCCCUUACGUGGCAACCACCCAUCGAUCAGGGUGGGCGCAGUGAUCUCUCCUACAAUGUCUCCUGCAAACGCUGCCACUUCCUGGUGUGUGAACCUUGCGGGAGUGACGUGGUUUUUUCUCCCCGUGCCUUAGGCCUCACUAGGACAAAUGUGGUUGUCGAUGGCUUGGAGUCUUACACCAAUUAUAGCUUCACUGUACGGGCUUAUAAUGGUGUGUCAGGGCUUAGCUCUGCCUCACACAAAAGCACCAGUUCUUCCGUCUGGGUGACUGUGGGCUACGCAGAUCCUAUCAUAGUGACAAAUAUCAACCUGGACAGCCAGAAUGAGAGCAGCCUCUCUGUAACUUGGCUGCCGACUCGGCAUCGGAGUCAUGUCCCCAUCAGCUAUGAAGUCAUGUACUUUGAGAAGGGAGAAGAGAAACACUACACUGUCCAACAUCUCAAGGAACCCAAAGUGACCUUGGCAAACCUGCAGCCUGACACAUCCUACCUGCUGCGUGUGCGCUCUGUCACACCAUCCGGAGAAGGACCGUUUUCCCAGGAGCAGGAAUUCCGCACGCUUCCCCAAGAGACUGGAAUUCCUUCUGGAGGAAUGAUUGUCUGCAUUAUCUUUGGAAUCCUUUUGUUUAUUGGUCUGGUUGGAGGACUCAUCAUUUUACGGCGAAGGCAAGCACAUCGUCGAGCCCGGCCAUGCCAAAAGCACUCCAGCUACAAUCGAGAUGAUAUCUGGCUAAAACCUUAUGUAGACCUCCAGCCCUAUGAGGAUCCCAGCAGGGGAGUCCUGGAGUUCACGAAAGAGCUAGACCCAUCUCUUGUCAAUAUUGAGAACGUUAUUGGUGAAGGAGAAUUUGGGGAAGUUUAUCGUGGGUCUCUGCGUUUCCCAGGAAAAGACCAUAUUGUUGUGGCCAUCAAGACAUUGAAGUCAAGUUACUCAGAUUCCACGUGGUGGAACUUUCUGCGCGAGGCAACAAUCAUGGGCCAAUUCAAUCACCCCAACAUCGUUCGCUUAGAAGGAGUUGUUACAAAACGAAACCCAAUGAUGAUAAUUACAGAAUAUAUGGAUAACGGGGCCCUGGAUAACUUCUUACGGGAGAACAUGGACAAGUUUAGCGCCGUGCAGUUAGUGAUAAUGCUGCAGGGCAUUGCCUCAGGGAUGACCUACCUGUCAGACCGCAACUACGUACACCGGGAUCUGGCUGCUCGCAACAUUCUGGUAUCUCAUAGCCAUCAGUGCAAAGUGUCCGAUUUUGGCCUUUCUCGGAUAUUAGAAAAUGACGUGGAAGGAACGUAUGAAACAAAGGGUGGCAAGAUUCCCAUCCGCUGGACAGCUCCAGAAGCCAUUGCCCAUCGGAUCUUCACCUCUGCCAGUGACGUCUGGAGUUUUGGCAUUGUUAUGUGGGAGGUGUUCUCAUAUGGUGACAAGCCGUAUGGAGAUAUGUCCAAUCAGGAGGUGAUGAAAAGCAUAGAGGAUGGGUACCGGCUCCCGCCACCUGUGGAUUGCCCAUCAGUUCUCUAUGAACUUAUGAAAGCGUGUUGGUCUUAUGAUCGGGCACGAAGGCCCCGCUUCCGGGAGAUCCAAGCUCAGCUAGACCACUUCAUCUCCAGCCCACAUUUGCUUCGGAGUGUGGCUGAUUUUGACCCCAGGGUGACGCUCCGCCUGCCCAGCUGCAGUGGGUCCGAUGGGAUUCCCUAUCGGUCUAUCCCAGAAUGGCUGGAAUCCAUCCGCAUGAAACGCUACAUCCUUAACUUCCGCACGGCUGGCCUGAACACCAUGGAGUCUGUUCUGGAACUUACUGCUGAGGACUUGAAGCAAAUGGGAGUGACACUUCCUGGGCAUCAGAAGCGUAUUCUGUGCAGCAUCCAAGGCUUCAAGGAGUGAUCAGCAUUACUGUACACCACUAACCCAUCACUGGGCUUGACCCCUCUGCACAUGACUUGGCGCUAUGUCCAAUAGCACAUGGAGAAUGAGUCAGGGCUGAUGGAACUAUCCUCGCGCCAACAUCACAGCUGUUAUUUGUGGUGUAAGCACCAGGAGGGAUGCCAAAAGCCAAUGGUUGUUACACUGCAUCCUGCAGAAUCCCAUGUCCCUCAGCAUGCAGCCCAGAACCUGGACUAGACAAGGAAGAAGCAAUUUUCCAAGAGAUGCCUUGCAAGACUCAACAGGACAGCAGAUGCUUAUGCUUUUGAAGCAGAGUGCAGCUCACCACUCCUGGUCCAUAUUCUUUCGCCUGCUUUCCCACCAGUAACUUGUUCAUUCCUGUUUCCCCAGUUGUUGGAGUCACUUGGACUUUAAUAAUGCUUUAUUUGUAUUCCGCCGUAUCUCCCCAAGGGGACUCAGGGCGGAUUCCAGCAUGCACAAACCCAAAGGCAAACAUUCAGUGCCUAUAAACAAUGAAACACAGAUCAAGGUAAAGGCUUCCCCUUCUGGCUCUGAGGGGUGGUGCUCAUUUCCAUUCUAAGCUGAAGAGCCUGCAUUGUCCGUAGACACCUCCUAAGUCAUGUGGCCAGCAUGACUGCAUGGAGCGCAGUUUACCUUCCUGCCGAGACAGUACCUAUUGAUCUACUCAUGUUUGCAUGUUUUCAAGCUUCUAAGUUGGUAGAAGCUGGAGCUAACAGUGGAGCUCACCCCAUCCCACAGAUUCGAACUGCCAACCUUCCAGUCAGCAAGUUCAGCAGCUUGGCAGUUUAACCCAUUGUGCCAUCAUGACUUUCGCAUUUCAUAACUACAUCACAAUCAUUUAAAGUGGAUGUUAAAGCCAGUUUGCUAGUAAAAUCGUAUCUAGCCAUAAGGGACCUCAAUCAAGAGAGAAACUGGGCCAGGAGAAUUACAAGCAAGAGUCCCAUUGUUGUUUGCACAUUUGAGGAGGCAGAUAAAGCCAUUAACUGCCUUUAUGACACAGUAGAGGCGAUCAACUCAAAACCGCUUUUAGCCCUUCUUCCUUCGUGUGUGUUAUUUUUCUCCUAGUGUUUGGUCCAAAGGGUGGUAACAGUUUGUUUACAGCAGGGCAUCUCUUGCUCCUAGGAGUUUUGUCUCCUCAAGUUGAGGACCUGUCUAUAUAUUUAAAAAUUGGGGGAUGGGAUGGGGGGAAGAAGAACCAAAGUCUUACCAUCUGUUGUAUUGUACAUAUUGUUUUGUAAAUAAACUACCAUACAAAUAA